UCACACGCUCUCCCUCUUAGCCACUAGUUGCAUACCCACUUACAGACAUAGCCGCACACUGACAUCACGUACACAUAUAUAUAUAUCCAUACCGGCCUCGACAGCUCCCAGCGAGCUUCCAGACAGCUUCCCACGCAAACAUCCGCACCCCUAUUACGUGGUCCAGCAUCCCAACUUAGCCAAGCAAGAUGUCGGGAGAAGUUCCCAUUCCAGAACCCCCAGGUCUUCCCUUGAUAGGUCACCUUGCCGAACUCGAUAGGGAACUUCCUAUACGGUCCUUCAUUUCACUUGCCGACAAGUACGGCGAGAUCUACAGGCUUCGUCUUCCGGGACGAUCGCUAGUUGUAUGCUCAAGCCAUCGUCUCAUAGACGAACUAUGCGAUGAGAAGCGAUUCUUAAAGGUCCCCAAAGGUGCCCUGCAUGAGAUCCGACAAGGCGUGCACGAUGGCCUGUUUACGGCCCGGCUGGAAGAGCCCAACUGGGGAAUCGCUCAUCGAGUGCUGAUGCCCGCAUUUGGCCCUGUAUCCAUCCGAGGCAUGUUUGAUGAGAUGCACGACAUCUCCUCGCAGCUCGCCAUGAAGUGGGCCCGAUAUGGACCGCAUCACCCGAUCGAGGUCCCGGACGACUUCACUCGUCUCGCGCUCGACACCCUCGCUCUCUGUUCGAUGGGCUAUCGUUUCAAUAGCUACUACACGUCCGAGCUGCACCCCUUCGUCGCAGCCAUGGGCGACUUCCUCACCGAGUCGGGCAACAGGCCCAACAGAACCAUGCCGUCCUGGUUCUAUAGAAAGGAAGACGCCAAGUAUUGGCAGGACAUCGAAACCUUGCGAACCACCGCUGAUGAGGUUCUGCAAGAGCGGAAGAACCACCCGUCCGACCGCAAGGACCUCCUCACCGCAAUGCUGAAAGGAGUCGACCCUAAGACGGGCCAGCACAUGUCUGACUCAAGCAUCACGGACAACCUCAUCACAUUCCUCAUCGCAGGGCAUGAAACAACAUCCGGCCUUCUCUCCUUCGCGUUCUACGAACUCCUUAAGCACCCUGAGGCUUAUCGCAAAGCGCAGCAGGAGGUUGACAUGGUUAUCGGGAAAGGACCCAUCACCGUGGAGCACAUGUCCAAGCUUCCGUAUAUCGCAGCCGUUUUGCGCGAGACGUUACGAGUCGAUUCGCCUAUCUCUCAAUAUGCUUUGACGGCCAAGGAGGAAACCCUUCUCGCAGGCAAGUACCUGAUACGCCCAGACGAAACCAUUGGCGUCCUGAUAAAAAAGGCGCAUUGUGAUCCGGCUGUAUUUGGUGCCGAUGCCGAGCAGUUCAAGCCGGAACGUAUGCUUGAUGAACCGUUCAAUAAACUGCCCAAGAAUGCGUGGAAACCGUUCGGGAACGGGCUCCGUGGGUGCAUUGGUCGGCCCUUUGCCUGGCAAGAAGCGACGCUGGCCAUGGCUAUACUUCUGCAAAACUUCAACUUCGUCCUCGAUGACCCAGGGUACAGCCUGGCCUUGAAGCAAACCUUGACUCUCAAGCCGAGGGGCUUCCGCAUGAGAGCAUCCCUCCGUGACGGGUUGACGGCGAGCCAGCUGGAGAAUCGCCUGGCCGGGAAGGAGAUAUCGCCGGCAUCUCCUCAGGGCAUAGUACGAAAUGGUUCAAACUCAGCCACCACCAACGGCCACAGCGGGAAGCCCAUGACGGUCUUAUACGGGAGCAACAGUGGCACAUGCGAAUCCCUUGCACAGCGGAUCGCCAGCGAGGCGUCACAUCGCGGCUUCAGAAUCUCCAGGCUUGACCACCUAGACACUGCCAACGGAAGCCUACCUAAAGGCGAACCAGUCGUCAUAAUUACGGCGUCAUACGAAGGACAACCGCCAGACAACGCGGCUCAUUUUGUUUCCUGGAUCGAGAGCUUAAAGGGGGAGACAGCCCUGGAGGGCGUGCAAUACACCGUAUUUGGCGUCGGCCACCGCGAGUGGGCUCAGACUUUCCAUCGGAUCCCGAAGCUGAUAGACAGCAAGCUCAGCGAAGCUGGCGCUACUAGAAUCGCGGAUCUUGGGCUCGCCGAUGUCGGGUCGGGCGACGCCUUUGUCGACUUCGAAAGCUGGGAGGAUGGGGUAUUCUGGCCGGCACUCGCGAAGCAAUACGGCACGUCAAGCGAUGAGAGCGAUGUUCUGCAAGGUGCUAGUCUUAAGGUGACAGUUACAAGCCCGCGCUCGUCGACUCUCCGGCAGGAUGUCAUGGACGGUUUAGUGGUGUCCACUCGCACGUUAACCGCUGAGGGGGAACCGGUCAAAAAGCAUAUCGAAAUUACGCUCCCGAGCGACCAAACGUACCGAGCAGGCGACUACCUGGCAGUGCUCCCCAUCAAUCCCAAGCCCGUUGUCGAGAGGGCAAUGCGCCGAUUCCAUCUCCCCUGGGAUUCUCACGUUACCAUUUCCAGCGAUGAGAUUAGCUAUCUCCCCACGAACACGUCGCUGCCUGCUCAUAACAUCCUAGGCGCCUACGUUGAGUUGUCCCAGCCGGCUACUAAGAGGAACAUAGCUGGCCUAGUCGAAGCCACAAAGGACCAAGACGCGAAGGAAGCCUUGAAGAAACUCGCAAGCGAGUCUUACGAGGAGGUCUUGGCCAAACGUAUCUCGGUGCUCGAUCUGCUCGAGAAGUAUCCCUCUGUAGACCUGCCGCUGGGAGUCUUCCUCUCGAUGCUCCCCCCUAUGCGUGUGCGCCAAUACUCGAUCUCCUCGUCGCCGCUAUGGAACCCCUCGCACGUGACGCUCACCUUCUCGCUCCUCGAAGCGCCGUCCAAGUCCGGGCAGGGCAUGCACCUGGGAGUGGCGUCUACGUACAUGGCGUCGCUGCAGCCCGGCGACACGCUACACGUGGCGGUGCGGCCGUCGCACGCAGCCUUCCACCUGCCGCAGGACGUGGAGAACACCCCGGUGAUAUGCGUGGCGGCGGGCGCAGGGAUCGCGCCGUUCCGGGGCUUCGUGCAGGAGCGCGCGGCGAUGAUCGCGGCCGGGCGCAAGCUGGCGCCGGCGACGCUGUUCUUCGGGUGCCGGCGGCCGGGGCGCGACGACCUGUACGCGGAGGAGCUGGCGGAGUGGGAGAAGGAGGGGGCGAUCAGGGUGGUGCGGGCCUACAGCCGGGACCCGGGCGCGAAGUACCGGUACGUCCAGGACGCGCUGCUGGGCGAGGAGGAGGCGGUGCUGGAGGCCUGGCGGACCGGCGUCAAGAUGUUCAUCUGCGGGUCCCGCGCGGUCGGCGACAGCGUCCGCGCGGCCGUGAUGCGGAUCGCGCGCGAGGAGGCCCGCCGCGAGGGCAAGGACGACUCCGACGAGCACCUCUCCGAGUGGUGGGAGGGCCUCCGCAACACGCGGUACGCGAGCGACGUCUUCGACUAGCGAGGACGAGAAUGCGUCGUGUCACAGCUAGCCUGGGCGGAGUGGUCACAAGAGAUGUGUAAUGGAGGGACUGGUGUUCGUAUGUCUAGAGAACUUGGGAUUUAGAUUGGUAGUUACACGGACAGGAAUUGUAGAUAGACAGCGAGAAUGUGCAUAGUUAUAUAUAUAUAUUGUUGUUCGCUUCUGCAAA